AUGUCUGGCAUGGCCUCCUCCAAUCAAGUUCCUGCAUUAGCCUCCAGCCUCCCUUCCAGCGCCUCAUCCCUUACUGGCACGUCCGCUGCCUCUUCGGCUUUGAUCUCAUCAGUUGGCAUCGGUACUUCUAAGCUGGAUGACCUCAUCUCCGGUAAUGGAAUGCACUCCUUUCUUUUGCCGCCUCCUCCCUUGCUCCCUGGAAUCCAUGUAGCUGGCCUUCUCUCGACCACUACUGCUAUGUCUACCCUGGCCAGUACUAGUCCAGGACUCGUUUCUUCCUGUGCAUUGGCCACUCAUUUAGCAUUGGCUUCAUCGACGUCAUCGUCGGCUUCAGGUUCGUCUCAGACUUCACAACCAGCUAAUAAUGAAAUGUUUCCUUCUCAUGGACCCAUCGGCACUUCCUCGGUCACUUUUGUUACAUCUGCUUCAGCUUCACCCUCGUCUGCUUCUUCAUUGGCUAGUUUGGUGGCCUCCAGCAGUUUGGCAGCCUUAGUAGACACUGGAUGCUUACCCGCCUCUUGCCUCACAACACCAGGUUCUCUCGUAUGCCAGCCAAUGGCUAGUGGCAGACAGCAAAGAUCUCGUUAG